AUGGCACCACCUGUUUUUAAAGGUGAAAACUAUCAUAUUGGGGCUGUAAGGAUGGAAACUUAUCUAGACGUCAUGGAUAUAUGGGAGGCAGUUGAAGAGGAUUAUGAAAUUCCUCCAUUGCCUGACAAUCCAACUAUGGCCCAGAUCAAGAACCAUAAAGACAAGAAAACCAGAAAAUCAAAGGCAAAAGCCUGUCUAUUUUCAGCAGUAUCUUCUUCAAUUUUCACUCGAAUUAUAUCUCUAAAGUCAGCCAAAGACAUAUGGGAUUAUCUCAAGUCAGAAUAUGAAGGGGAUGAUAGGAUCAGAGGUAUGCAAGUUUUGAAUCUUAUAAGAGAUUUCGAGAUGCCGAAGAUAAAAGAAACCGAAACCAUAAAAGAUUACUCUGAAAGGCUCCUGAACAUAGCAAAUAGAGUAAGAUUGCUUGGUUCCGUGUUUAAUGAUUCUCGUAUUGUUGAAAAAAUUAUGGUAACUGUGCCGGAAAGAUUUGAAGCAACCAUAACUACUUUGGAAAACACCAAGGAUCUAUCCAAGAUCACCUUGGCGGAGUUGUUGAAUGCUUUGCAGCUCAAGAACAACGAAAGGUCAUGA